GGGUGCACAGGUGUACGUGGGCCCGCCUUGGGAAAAGGAAACCGAAACUGAAGCUGAAUUCGGCUACUGUGUGGCUGGCUCCCCGACACCGCCCUCUGACGUGGUUGCUCAGGCUUUAAAAGGGCUGAGCUGCCACGGCUGGAGAAGAGCUGAGAGCGGAGAGGCAGCCAACCAGUGCUUGCAGAGGACCUGGCGCCAGGGCCCACAGCCAUGGGUAGGAACCUGAAGGUGAAGAUGCUCGGGGGCCAGGAGAUCCUGGUGCCCCUGAGGGACUCCAUGCUGUCAUCCGAGCUGAAGCAGCAGAUCACCCAGCAGAUCGGCGUGCCCGCCUUCCAGCAGCUACUGGUCCACCAGGACACUCGCAAGGUGCUGCAGGAUGGGGUGCCCCUGGUCUGCCAGGGCCUGGGCCCCGACAGCACCGUCCUGCUGAUGGUGCAGAGCUGCAAAGACCCCCUGAGCAUCCUGGUGAGGAAUAACAAGGGUCGCAGCAGCACCUACGUGGUCCGGCUGACGCAGAGGGUGGCCGAGCUCAAGCUGCAAGUGUGCCAAAAGGAGCACGUGCAAGCCGACCAGUUCUGGCUGAGCUUCGAGGGGAAGCCCAUGGAGGACGCGCACCAGCUGGGGGAGUACGGCCUCACCACCAUGUGCACCGUGUUCAUGAAUCUGCGCCUGCGGGGGGGCGGGGCAGGGCCAGGGCCAGGAGGGCCGCGGGGAGGGCGCCCCACUGAGCACCAGGUAUACAGUUGUAGCACCCUCUGUAGCACCAUUCUGCACCCUUCUGGUGAGAUUGGGGGAGGGGUGGAGGAGGGAGUGGUAAGAGGGGACCCAGGGUCGCUGGGGGAAUCAGCAGGCUAGGGUGGCCAAGUUAAGGGACAAGCCUAGUGGGAUCAAAAUGGUGACCUCCGCCUGCCCCCAGAGAAACUGAAGGUGUGUCCCCACAUCUUUGGGAAAUUAACUUCUAGAGAAAUAAAAAGAGGCAUAUCUGCUGGA